UUGCUCAUACUCAAAAACAUACUCAGGUCAUGGAUGGACCAGAACACAGGCCUGGAAGGAGCAUUCACUGGUUGCCUUCGAUGGACCUGAUCUGUCUAGGUUGGGGCCCUUAGACUUCCUAGUAGGAUGCCCUUGGAACCCAGUGACACCUGCUCUCCCAACAGGCCAGCCAAAGCUGGCCUCUCCCACCAGGCUAAGGCGAACCUGCGAUGAGCCAUUACUGCCCACUGCCAAGCUAGAGACGUGGGAAAUUCAGCUCCUCAAUGGCCAGUCCUGUCCCCGCCCCAGCGCCCUGCCUUCCCUCCAUUCACCAUUUAACUUCACAUGCCCCAGGACAACUAAGGACUCACAUUCAUCCAUGAGAUCCGCUCUUCCCUGCACAUCCCCAACAGAAGGGAAGCAGGCUCCAGAGCGGCUAUGGUCAGGGGAGGACUGAGACCAACAAACGCCCUGCUCCUACGCUGCCACUCUUGCUGAGCGAAGCUGCAGUGAGAACUGGUGUGCGUGGUGGAGUCGCUGCCUGGAGCCCUUCCUUCUGCCGGUCGGAUCCUGAUCCUCUGCACCCGUACAUACCCCUUGCACCCCGGGACUACCCAGUGACCCAGCCUAGACCGCUGAGCGGAGCGCUGCGAGCCCCCGGGGCAGCAGGCCAUGGAGCCCCGUGGUUGCACAGCGCUCUGGGUGCUGCUGCUGGCGCAAGUCAGUGAGCAGCAGACACCCGCGUGCGCCCUGAGGUCCGCAGCUGCAGCUUCUGAGAGCCCGGGAGAGCCGCCUUCUCCGUCACCCACCGGCUCGGGCUGGCUGGAAAGCGGAGAGUAUGACCUGGUGUCUGCCUAUGAGGUGGACCACAAGGGGGAUUAUGUAUCCCAUGACAUCAUGCACCACCAGCGACGGCAAAGGAGAGCUGUGGCCCAGCCAGGAGGAGACGCCCUGCAUCUGCGGCUGAAGGGCCCCAGGCAUGACCUCCAUCUGGACCUGAAGGCCACCAGCAACUUAGUGGCUCCUGGAUUCAUGGUGCAAACUCUGGGGAAGGGAGGCACCAAGUCUGUGCAGAUGUUUCCACCAGAGGACUUCUGCUUUUAUCAAGGCUCCUUAAGGUCCCAGGGGAAUUCCUCAGUGGCCCUUUCUACCUGCCAAGGUUUGUUAGGCAUGAUAAGAACAAAGGAUGCUGAUUACUUCUUAAAGCCACUGCCUCCACACCUCACAAGCAAAUCAAACGUGUCUGUACAGGGUGGCUCUCCCUCCCAUGUACUGUACAAGAGAUCCACAGAACCCCAGGCUCUCAGAGAAAAUGAAGUCCUCAUGGUCACCAGGAAGCGAGAUCUGGCAAGAUCUCACCCUUACCGAGGCAGCUUCCAGCUUGGCCUCCCACAAAAGCAGCAUUUCUGUGGAAGACGCAAGAAAUACAUGCCCCAGCCUCCGAAGGAUGACCUUUACAUCUUGCCUGAUGAGUACAAGCUCAGCUCCCGAUACAAGCGCUCCCUCCUGAAAUCCCACAGAAAUGAAGAGCUGAAUGUGGAGACGCUGGUGGUGGUCGACAGAAAGAUGAUGCAAAGCCAUGGUCAUGGAAACAUUACCACCUAUGUCCUCACUGUUCUCAACAUGGUGUCUGCUUUAUUCAAGGACGGGACAAUUGGAGGGAACAUCAAUAUUGCCAUUGUAGGGCUCGUUCUGCUGGAAGACGAACAGCCAGGGCUGGCGAUUAGUCACCAUGCAGACCACACUUUAAGCAGCUUCUGCCAGUGGCAAUCUGGAUUGAUUGGCAAAGAUGGAACCCGGCAUGAUCACGCCAUCUUACUGACCGGUCUGGACAUAUGUUCCUGGAAGAAUGAGCCCUGUGAUACAUUGGGGUUCGCUCCCAUAAGUGGGAUGUGCAGUAAGUACCGCAGCUGCACAAUCAAUGAAGACUCAGGGCUUGGAAUGGCCUUCACCAUUGCCCAUGAGUCUGGACACAAUUUUGGCAUGGUGCAUGAUGGAGAAGGAAAUAUGUGCAAAAAGUCUGAGGGCAACAUAAUGUCCCCAACACUGGCAGGACGCAACGGGGUCUUCUCCUGGUCCUCUUGCAGCCGUCAGUACCUGCACAAGUUUUUAAGCACCACCCAAGCGAUAUGUCUUGCUGAUCAGCCGAAGCCUGUGAAAGAGUACAAAUACCCUGAGAAGCUGCCAGGACAGUUAUAUGAUGCAAACACACAGUGCAAGUGGCAGUUUGGAGAGAAAGCCAAGCUCUGCAUGCUGGACUUCAGAAAGGACAUCUGUAAGGCCUUGUGGUGCCAUCGGAUUGGAAGGAAAUGCGAGACGAAGUUCAUGCCAGCAGCAGAGGGCACCCUGUGUGGGCAGGACAAGUGGUGCCGUGGAGGACAGUGUGUGAAGUAUGGUGAUGAAGGCCCCAAGCCCACCCAUGGCCAUUGGUCAGAUUGGUCCCCUUGGUCCCCCUGUUCUCGGACCUGUGGGGGAGGAGUGUCUCACAGGGACCGUCUCUGUACCAAUCCCAGACCAUCUCACGGAGGAAAGUUCUGCCAGGGCUCCACCCGCACUCUGAAGCUCUGCAACAGCCAGAAGUGCCCUCUGGACAGCGUGGACUUCCGCGCUGCCCAGUGUGCCGAAUACAACAGCAAACGUUUUCGGGGGUGGCUCUACAAGUGGAGGCCUUACACCCAAGUGGAAGAUCAGGACUUAUGCAAACUCUACUGUAUCGCAGAAGGAUUUGAUUUCUUCUUUUCUUUGUCAAAUAAAGUGAAAGAUGGGACUCCAUGCUCGGAGGAUAGCCGUAAUGUUUGUAUAGAUGGGAUAUGUGAGAAGGUUGGCUGUGACAAUGUCCUCGGGUCGGACGCAGCUGAGGACUCCUGCGGGGUGUGCCAGGGGAAUAACUCAGACUGCGUGGUGCACAGGGGACUCUACAGGAAACACCACCACACCAACCAGUACUACCACGUGGUGACCAUUCCUGCUGGAGCUCGAAGCAUUCACAUCCAUGAAACAAACAUAUCGAUCUCCUACAUCUCUGUGCGCAAUUCUCUCAAGAGAUACUACCUGAACGGGCACUGGAGUGUGGACUGGCCUGGACGAUACAAGUUCUCAGGUACCACCUUCAACUACAGACGGUCCUACAAGGAGCCUGAGACUUUAACCUCCACUGGACCAACCAACGAGACGCUGAUUGUGGAGCUUUUGUUUCAGGGCAGGAACCCUGGUGUGGCUUGGGAAUUCUCAUUGCCAAGGUCAGGUUCUCCAGCUGCCCAGCCCAGCUACACGUGGGCCAUCAUACGCUCUGAGUGUUCUGUCUCCUGUGGAGGGGGCAAGAUGAACUCAAAGGAAGGAUGCUACAAAGACCUGAGGGUUCAAGUGAAUGCAUCCUUCUGCAACCCCAAGACACGGCCUGUCACAGGGCUAGUGUCCUGCAAGGUCUCAGCAUGUCCUCCCAGCUGGUCUGUGGGAAACUGGAGCACAUGCAGCCGGACCUGCGGUGGGGGCACUCAGAGCAGGCCUGUGCAGUGCACGCGGAGGGCACACUACCGAGAAGAGCCCGUCUCAGCUGGCCUGUGCCCACAGCCCUCACCCACCAGGCACCAAGCCUGCAACUCCCAAAGCUGCCCCCCUGCUUGGAGCGUCGGGCCCUGGGCAGAGUGCUCACGGACCUGUGGGAAAGGGUGGAGGAAGAGAAUGGUGGCCUGCAAAAGCACCAACCCCUCAGCCAGAGCCCAGCUGCUGCAUGACACUGCUUGUUCUUUGGAGCCCAAGCCUCUGACCCACGAAGCCUGCCUGCUCAAGCGUUGUCACAAGCACAAGAAGUUGCAGUGGCUGGUGUCUGCUUGGUCCCAGUGCUCUGUGACAUGUGAAAGGGGGACACAGCAGAGAGUUCUCAGGUGUGCGGAGAAGUACCCCUCUGGAAAGUACCGAGAGCUGGCCUCCAAGAAAUGCUUGCAUCUGCCAAAGCCUGCCCUGGAACUGGAACGGGCCUGUGGCCUGUUUCCCUGUCCUAAGCACUCUCCUUAUGCUGCAGCAGGCCCCCCAAGAGGCAGCUGGUUUGCCUCACCCUGGUCUCAGUGCACAGCCAGCUGCGGGGGAGGUGUGCAGACAAGGACUGUGCAGUGCCUGCUGAGGGGACAGCCAGCCUCAGAUUGCUCCCUGCAUGAGAAACCUGAGACCUCUUCAGCCUGCAACACCCAUUUCUGCCCUAUUGCAGAGAAGAGAGACACCUUCUGCAAAGACCUCUUCCAUUGGUGCUAUCUGGCUCCUCAGCAUGGCAUGUGCAGCCACAGGUUCUACAGCAAACAGUGUUGCAACACCUGCUCCAAAUCCAACCUGUGAGCUGGCCCCAGUCCUGGCAGCAAGAAGAUGCCCCAAUGACAGAGAGAGGCUAUCCCAGAGAGUUGUGAAGUACACACUGGGAUGCAUCCAAGGAGGACAGGAGCUGGAAGAGCUGCUGGUCUUUUGACCUGGGUUGCAUCCACGUGCUUCUGAGUAGGAAACACAUAUUUGCACCCACAAAGACAUGUUCUGUUCUCCAGGUGGGUGGGGAAGUGGGAUCCUGCAGGCUGGCCUGCAUAUGGACAGGAGAGCUGGUGCUAUAGUAGGCAGGAAGCAGCUUUCCCUCACAUUUCCAUUCAGCCAAACCAAAUUCUAAAGACAGGCAGAGCUAAGUUAGCAUAUGCUGGAGGUGUUCCUAAAAAGAACAGGCCAAGAAAUCAGGGAAAUGUUCACAGCAUCAGCCAUCCAGCACACUGGCCUCCCUCCUACCUUGGAGACCCCAUUGUCAUCCUGAAAGGUUUAUGGAGACUGAGGGACAGCUGUGCUCCCGCUCCAGUGGCUCCUGGAACAGGUACCUGCAGGUACACUCUGACUUAAGACUUUGUGUACUUGGAAAUGGGAAAACAAAAUCCCUGCUAGGGUGCUUCCUGCACUUCCAGUCUCUGGGCUGGAGGAGCAACUUGGAUACUUUGUUUUCUUCUGCAGUUAUUUACAGUGAGUUCCUAUCUCAACAUGUUUCUCAGUGUUGUUCCGUUUUAAAUGAGGGAUCAAAGGUACAGGUUACACUACAAUCUAAGUGUCCCUAGAAAGCCAGGGUUCCCAAUAAUAGAUGUCAUUCAAGUGGCUGAUAUACCAUUACUGUUAAGCCUUAGGGUGUGGUUUGUGUGUUGAGUGGUUUUAAAACACAUUCCAUAAGUUUGAUUACUUCUGAGCUGAGAGCAAAUGCCAGUGACCUUCAAAGGAAAGGCCCAUGGCAACCCUACAACCUACCCCCUCUCCCCUCUCCCUCAUUAUUGGUGCUUAUUUCUGGUCUCCCCACCUAGGGUCUUCCCAGUGGGCACCUAGAUAUUUAUAUUUGCUGAAGUGUUAUAAUAAAUUUUAUAUUGUAUGGUG